CUUUGCGUCCGCUGCUCCCCGAGGUCUUAAUAAGCUUGGACUGAAUCCCACUAAUCUAUAAAGACCUGCGCUGCCCGAAAUGCCUCACAUCUGAAGGGAAUACUUGGGCUGGUUGAGAGGAUUAGCUCUCCACGGUCUCUAGUUUAUUUUAUUUAUGUUUUGUUAGCUUUAAAGAAUGAGUGCAACCCUGAGGGGAGCGUUCCACGUCUCAGCGUUCGGCUGGUACGCCUUCAUUGUGAAUUAUCUGGCAGCGAAGGAUGGAGAGGAGCUCCCUGCAGGAAUCUUCGUCUACGGGGGACCCUGGAAGUACCUCACCUUUCUCAACCUGCUGUUGCAAAUGACGUUCUUUGGACUGGCAGCAGUGAAUGAUCUCCAACCUGGGAAGGAGUCAAACAGCACUCUGAGCCGAUGGAAAGACCUCCUCUUCUCUGUCUUUGCCUUCCCCGUAGGGAUGUUCGUGGUUCUGCUCUUCUGGACCAUCUUUGCCUACGACAGAGAGUUAGUCUACCCAGCAUCCAUCGACGCCUUCUUCCCUCCGUGGAUAAACCACGCCAUGCACACACUCGUCCUUCCUGUCCUGCUUGGAGAAGUGCUGGUUCAGCCUCACGCGUACCCGCAGUGGAAACACGCGCUGGCCGCGUUGUCAGUCGUGGGCUUGGCUUAUUUAUCCUGGAUAGUGUGGGUGUAUGUGACGGUGGGAGUCUGGGUGUACCCCCUGCUGGGACGCUUCAGCGCCGCCGGCCUGACGGGCUUCUUCUUCUUCAACAUGGCGGUGGUGACGCUGCUCUACCUGCUCGGGGACCGGCUCAACAGCCUCGUCUGGAGGAAGGACAAAGCGGCGUGA